GGCGGCUUCCAUCAAUGAUUUGAACGAAGGUUUGGUACAAUUUGAAACCUUCCAUCUCCGCUUCCCGCGCCGCCUCCGCGCACAGGACUCCAAUUGGCGCAAACAGACCAGUGACACGGUGGCAGACGGUACAGUCACCCAUGCCGACACAUGUUUCUCUGGGUUUCUGCAUAAAUUGCGAACGCGAACGCUGAGGGAAGGAAUUGGUGGGGGCCGACGUUCCGAUAUUCGCUAAUCUAACAGCAAGGAACGGAAACACGGAGCCCGUGAAUUCCAGGACAGUGACGCGUGAUCAAGAACGCUCUCGAGAGCCGAGGCUUCCAGUGCUCUGCGGAACUUCCACAGCUACCACGAAUUAAGGCCAGAGAGAGGUUCUGGUGGUUGCGGUUAUUGAUGGCAUUGCAUAAUUCAAGCUUCCAGUUUUCAGUGACCACGAGAGAUGCGUCAUUGUAGACAAAUGCUGCUCCAACUAGACCUCCUGAGCGGCGCCCGCCCCAGGCCCUGCAGUGAACACACACACUAGAAAUCGGAAGGUCGGCAGGUUGUAUUGCCAGGUCUGGGGUCCAGAGACGAUCAGACAAGUCUAAAUGUGAAUCGUCUGAGAUGUUUGUUGGACCGUCAAAUUGAGCGCCAGGAAGGAUGCAAGGCAAAGAAGCAAUAAAAGGGUCAGGGGGCUGGAAGUAGGACAAUCGCUAGAGAUGUGCAAGCGAAAGUGAUUCCUUUGUUUGUUGCCGGUUUCAUAGCACCUGCUCCGGAUCUCGAUCCAUCAGGGGCAUGUCGUGACGAUACAUAGUCGCAUCUCGGAUGAUCAUGAGUACCUUUCCGGCCAAGAUCGGAGAAAGAAAAUCGUGGCGGAGCUCAGCUGCAGCUGACCCCUCCCUGUCCCUGAGCACAUGCGCAGGCUCAGCAGGCGGACGGCGUACACUCGGUACCUUCCUUGUGUUGACCACAUUAAAAACUCAUUUGGCUCCAGCCUGUACUCCGCGAGAACUCAUGCACGACGUGGGUCAGGAACAUCUUCGAGGAUAGACUUUAACUUUCGAAGUUGUUGGAUUCGAUUGAAGGAUGCAUGCUUGCAUCGAUAAGACUUGUCGAGCUUGACAGGUGUGUAGACUAGAUAGAAUGCAGCGACGCAAUCGUACAAAGCAAGAAAAUAAUCCAAGAUAUCCACGUCGUUUCUUGCUACCCGGCGACACAACACCUGUAGUUUGUGUCUACACGAUUCUACUGGAGCUUCAAUCGUAAAGUCAGAUGGAGCUGAAGAUUGCCUUCAGCCUGAGAUGUUUCCUUAACGUUGGAGAGAGAGGCCUGACUACAAUUGUGCUCAUCAGCACUUAUCUCGUGCAGCUGCAGUUUAUGAUUCACAAUGUUGCCGGACACACAACUUUACACAUUCGUAACAUCUCAUCGACCGACUCCCCGCCAUCGGCUGACAUAAUCCUCACGGACCUGUUUCCCAAGACUACUUUUCACAGAUCUCUAUACGCACUGUGGUCCCCUAAUCAUGCCGAAGUUUCGAAGGACGAGCUGACUGUGAAGCUUAAGCUCGACUAUUUUUCAGGUUGCGCGAUCAAGUCAAUAGAGAAAUACUACCAUGGCUUUUUUAGCGCUGCCAUCAAGCUCCCAGGAAACUACUCUGCGGGAGUAGUCACCACAUUUUAUAUGUCGAACAACGAAGCUUUUCCAAAGAAUCACGAUGAAUUCGACUUCGAAUUUCUGGGUACCAUACCUGGAGAGCCUUACACCGUUCAGACCAAUAUCUAUGGCAACGGUGGCACCCACAUAGGACGAGAACAGAGGUUUCGUUUGUGGUUUGACCCAACCGAAAAUUUUCACAACUACAGCUUCCUCUGGACGGCUAACCAUACUGUAUUCUUUGUGGACAACAUACCGAUUUGGGAGUUUCCUAGGCUGGCAAGUAUGGGAGCUCAGUACCCAUCUAAGCAAAUGUCUCUAUACGCCACCAUAUGGGAUGCCUCUCGUUGGGCCACAGAUGGAGGUCUUUAUAAAGUGAACUACGACUACCAGCCUUUCAUAGCUACGUACUCAAACAUCAUACUCAGUGGGUGCCCCAAUUUCAAUCCUUCAAAGUCACCAGUCGAUUCAUGUCCACCAAUUUACAACGAGCCCAUUCCUCCCGGGCUGACCAGGCAGCAGCUACAUGCGCUUCAUUGGGUGCAGCAAAACCACAGAUUUUACUCGUACUGUACUGAUCUUAAACGAUAUCCGGACAUAGCAGAUAUACCCGAGUGUGCAGCAGAAAGAGCACAAAAUAUGCAUGUGGGACAUGGGCACUCUCAGAUGCAUUCCACAGAGCAUACAACAACUACAGCCCCUUUUCGUCCUGGAAAAGUUACGAAAAUUGAGCCGGCACCAGUAGAAGGUCACUGACGCCUCAUAUUCUAGAUCACGAGCCAAAACAGAUUUGGAAUCGGGAUAACUCAAACAGUCAUGCAUGCUACGUAGACGACUGCUUCAGUUAAAUCUGUUAUGCAAGCCUCGCUCACAUAUUUAGUGCUCGCUUGCAAGGAAAGGAUGUUGCAAAAGUCUGGCCAAUGACAUGUGUGGAGUUGUUCAAGCAAUGCCAGACGUUUUAGUUUUUUUCCCAAAAAUUAAGCUUUCUCGUGCAUAUCUGAGGCAACUUAACAGACAUAGGGAAUUCACUUUCCAUUUAAGAACAUUAGCAUAUCAUAUGCACAGGAAGCACUCAUGUAACUACUUCAGUUAAGGCAUCUAUGGCUACCAAGUUCGACCGUACUGUUGAUCACGGUUAACUUUCGGUGACUAUUGGAAGGAACUCAGCUUCAGAACGCGAGACAGGUCUUGUAAGUCGGCCAUUAUGGACCUGCAGGAUUGUCUUUUUCCACCCAAAAAAUGUGUGAAAGUCCUGUGGCAUGAAAAACUUAAACAGGAUGAUUUAGCUGCUGCCAGAAGAUCGCUCCUGGACUGGCUGCUACUUUGAGCAAGCUAAAGUUGCAGUUGGUAGUUCCGGGAUUCGUCUCUAGAUUGAGCAGAAGAUUAGAAUAAGCAUCCACAAGCAUCCAGGAUCGUAACUGAAGGUCAUGAUAUGCCUCAUCCAUUGACAGCUUGAUAUCAGUGGUCUCAUGUACGUAUGUCUUUGUUUCUCAUUAAAAACCACUCUUCACCGC